UCGAGAAGAUUCGGUGCUUGUAGGGGAGGAAUCCACUCCAAUACGUAUUGCACCGUGGAAGGUGCUAUUAUAGCGUGCGGUCAAGAAGAUAUUUUGGUUAGAUUAGACUAGACUACAGGUAUCUUUGUAGACGACACGCUAUAGUAGCACCUUGUGGAAAAUAUGGAGUACAAAUUAUUGCUCUUUCUGUAACUUUAUUUGUGAAGUACUGUAAAUGAGGGAUGCAUACCUCCACUUCAUCCCCUACUGAUUAGAAUUUUAUCGAGGUCACUGUACAGCUGAAACUACUAUGAAUGAAGGUGAUUAUGCGGUGGUUAUAUAAUUCUUAAAUGUAGCUUAUCUCAGUUAACUCUAUGGAGCAGUGUUUGCUGAUUUGUUUAUACAUCCAUAUACUAUAACUGUGUUCACAAUUAAAAAAAAAGCAAGCUUAUUUGGACGAUUCCACUAUUAUAAAGGAUAUAAAACCGGUUAUAUCUUACGAUUGUAAUAAAUUUCCGGGCGACCUUCAAUUUCCUCGACAAGUUUCAAGGUUAAGAGUGAAAAUAUCUGAGACUUGUGACUGAAACAUAAACACGGCAGACGAUGCUGUGUAUCACCUGCUGAACAAGAUAACUGCCUAGUUAUAAAUCCGAAAGUUAAUUCAUAUAUCCGACUCGUUAAAAUAAAUUAUGUAAGAUAUAUAAAUAUUACGUAAACAAAAGGAAAGGUUAAAGUUGAAGAUUCUCCUCUUAAAACGUAGAAUUAUGAGUGAUUUAUUGGAAAUUUUGUAUACAAUUUUGGGUAGUUAUGAUCAGCUGGAGAACUUAAUGUCUACCUUGAAUCGUGGCAGACUAGUCGAGUGAGGACACUGACACGUCUCCACACCAGUUAAUCCAUGACAUGUGCUAUUUGAUCGAAGCACACACACCGAGCACUGACUGACCUCCACUCCCUCCUCUUGAAUGUUACACAGGUUAAAGACAGCAAAGAAGAGUAAACAAUGCAACCACAACAGAAUCUUUUAAGAGUAAUAGCAAGUGGGCUGUUGUUAUGUAUACCACGAUUCUCUCUGACUGCGGAGGUUAAACACAUCACACACUGGAAUGCUGACUGGGGACCACAGCCAGAUAAUGUCACAGACUUCACUACUUUUCUAUGGUAUGGAUAUUCUUCUAAUAAAUUUAAUUUUACACAAGAGGAUUUUAAAGCAUUUGUAGAAUGCACGACAGGCAGACGACAAUGCCCAACAAUUGACAAAGAUCUACCCCUGUCAAAACUGACAGACUGUAAUGUAAACAGAGCAUUAUCCCCAUCUCAGUGCAACAUGUUAAAAGCAUGCACGGACGGUGAGUUGCUGAAAAUGUACGGCAUUGAGGACAAUAAUCUGAGUGUGGACGACUUGCAGACUCUCCUGCCACUUGUUUUGUAUCGGUCUCAGCUCAACUAUAAUUGUGACAAGGAAAAUUCUAUUACACAGACCAUUAGGAAACCCAAACAGUCAGAAGUGUGGGGUUAUGGGCUUCUGUUUGUGACGCUCAUAUCUGGGUGUUCUUUGGCUGGGGUUUCGGUAUUGCCGCUAAUGGCUCAUACAUUUUACCAGCAACUGUUAACACUCCUGGUUGGUCUGGCUGUAGGUUCUUUGGCAGCUUCAUCACUCUUCCAUCUCCUGCCUCAGGCUUUCAAAUUGAGACAGAAGAAGGCUUUCCACCUGAAAGAGGCUAAAACUGGGCCUCAUGGCUAUUUGUUCAUAUCUCUUCAUAUUCUACUGGGGACCUGGUGUUUCUUCAUGAUUGAACGUCUAAUCAAAAUCAUCUUAACUCAUCAUGCUUUAAAGGAGGAAAAGAAAAAAUUUCCUACAUCACGUUCUGAUCAAGCCAUACUUAAUGAAAAUGGAUCUGAGCAACAGUCAUCCAACAAAGUAGAUAUGAAUGGUGCAAUAAGCAACUACAAACAAGGAUCACUUAGUACAACUGAGAGCUUCGAGGGUUCUGAACUUGCGUCUCAUGAUGGUGGAUGUGGGCAAAAAAAUAUUGAUCUGAUUUAUGCAUCACAGGAACAGGCAAUUAAAGCGUCAUUUGGACACAGUGAACGACCACAGAAUACACACUCCCACAACUACGCCGAAGAAUUCAAACAAGGUGAAGACUCUGUCAUUAAAACUGUUGCGUGGAUGAUCAUCUUUGGAGAUGGAUUUCAUAAUUUCAUUGAUGGAGUGUCCAUUGGAGCAGCAUUUUCUGAAUCAAUAUUAACAGGAAUUUCCAUAAGCUUGGCAGUUAUGUGUGAAGAACUACCACAUGAAUUAGGUGACUUUGCAGUACUCUUGAAUGCUGGUAUGACCAUGAAACAGGCUGUUUCAUAUAAUUUUUUGUCUGCUACAACCUGUUAUCUUGGUCUUAUAUUUGGCAUAUGUUUAGGAGAGUUUACACAGGACACCACGGCCAUAUUUGCCUUGGCAGCGGGGAUGUUCCUCUACAUAGCUCUGGUGGACAUGGUGCCAGAGAUGAAUGAGGUUGCCAACAAAGCAGCAGAAGAAGGUUGGAAGAGUGCAGUUAUUAUUCUCUUGCUCCAAAACCUUGGUAUAUUUAUUGGCGUCGCAUUGCUCUUCAUUCUAGCAUAUUUCCAGGAUGCUAUGGUUCUUGACUGACAAUGCUCUUAGGACCUGUUAUGUAAACAAUUAUCUAAGAGGUUUGUGUGUUUCUUCUUCAGUAUAUCAAGGUUAAUGUUCCAUACUUGAUUGACCUUUAUGUCACUUUUGAUUUUAUAUGUUUAUUUUCGAAUUCACAUUUGAAGAUUAAUAAUUUUUAUUACAAAUACAGUAUUGAACUUCUGUGUUGUACAGGUAUUGUAUUAUUUCAUUAUCUUUCCCUAAUUGUAUGUAUCAUUUAUGUUUGGAAUGUCACCAAUGGGAGAGUAACCAAAGACUGCCUUAUAGUGUUAUUGUUGUCAUGGGAAGUGAGAUAAUUAGAAGGGGCUCAUACUGUGUGUUCAAGGAAGUAAAGAUCUGGUAUUUUUUAUAGACAGUAGAACCUCACAUGUUUAUGUACCAUAUCGUAUUGACCGACAUUGUGAUCAAGUUGACAAUUUGCCAACUUAAAAUGUAUGGUAGCUUAUAAUAAGGGCAGCUAGGGGGUAUGAACAACACUAUACAGGUACUGUAUAUACACAGUAUUUAUGAACCAUAAUUAUUAGUUAUACAUUAAAUUACGAUAUGACGAAGGGGCCACUGACCCUAGUGAAAAAGAUGGUCCCUGAGGCUUGAGGGCCUAGUGUGGUACGUGCAGCAGAGAAUACUACCUGAGCCUGACAGCCUAUUAGAUGUAGUAAAGAUGCACCACUUAAGCCUUUGUUAUACAAGAUGAGCCUACCACCUUCACUGGCUCCUUUAUAAAGUUAAAUACCCAUUCACAGCUGUGUUGGCUUCAUUUGCCCUGGGCAUACCAAGAUGGUGGCUGCAUGGGUCACAUAUGUUGCGGCAGUGGCGACGUCUCUGCCCUCAGCAGCAACUCUGUCAUUCUUUAUGUUCCCUUCCAUGUUUUAUCAACUUCUGUUGGUACGCCUCUUCUUAGGAAGCUUUGGGUAGGCUUGUACAAUAAAGCUGCAGAAAUAUUGUUUGUAAGAUAGGCAGAGGGAUCUCAAGCAUAGAUACACUGAGGCGUCCCACCUAGCUCACUCUUGACUUCAUCAGUCAAGCUGGAGAGCAGAUGCCGUUCGGUGUAGUUAGUUAUUUUUUAUGUACUGUAUUGUAUUUAAAAAAAUUGCAUAAUUAGAUACAUAAUAAUAAUAAAAACACAGCAAUUAGAAAAUGGAGAUUUUUGCAAGUAGAGGCGCUCAAAAUUGGUUUAUAAAAAUUUAUUAUUUUGUCAGGGAAAAAAUUGCUGCAUGACAUCCAAACUUUCAUAUAGCACAGGAAUGGCAUGAGGCUAGACUUGUAUUUUCUGCAUUUCCAUAUGUUUUCUUGUAAUAUUCUAGGCAGAGGGUCUCCUUAAUGUUUUGUUAAAUAUUUUCAUGGGUAUUUAUUUUAUUUUUUAUUUUUUUGGUGAAUUUUGGUGAAAAUGGCAGUGUUGCAUUUUUAGAAGUAUCAUAAUACAAGUCAGAUAAUAGUGAAGUAAAAGUAAACUAAAUCAUAGUUCAAAAACUUGGUACAUGAAAUUGUGAAGGUUCUACUGUAGAUCUUGCUGAGAACUGUUAGAGAAUAUUAUGGAAUAAUUUUAAGAGAUUUUGUAAUUAUAUCGUAUUCUCCCUCCUUGAAUCACUUCUUAGUGUGUCAAAUGAUCUUAAUCUUCAUACUACUUAAAUGAGGAAAACUUGAAAUAAUACUCGUGAUAUACAGUACAGUAUACAGUAGAUUGUUUACUGGUGUCGCAUUUAAGAGUGUUGUUGUAUAUUUUAUUUGAAACGUCUCCCUGAUUUAAUUUAGUGCUCCCACAUAUGUUCUGAGAGAGGAUUUACUGUAGUCACUAUUUUGUUCACCUGUCUGUUGUCUGUGCAGCUGCCUCAUAUUUCAUGUCAAAUCGAUAAUUUCAUGCCCAUUGAAGAAAUUCAAAUGAUGCUGUACCCCAAUGUGUGGCACACCAAAUUCUGGAUGAAAUGUUAGAGGUCAAAGGCAUGGGCGAGGGGUUCAAAGGUCAGUGGAAGAAAAAUUGUGUGAGUGAGUAAGCGAGUGAGUGAUAGGUGUGUUUGUGUAAUAUAUUAUGGUUGCAUAUAUUUUAACUCCUGAAUAUAUACUGCAUAUGUAUGUAUAAAAUUUGACAUUUUUUUUAUAUAUUGCUAAACCAUUGUAUCUCAUUUUUAUCUGUAAUGUUACUUUGACUUAUUGCCCUCGUUCAAAGGUAUACCGGUACAUGUUAUAAUAUUCUUCAAUUUUAUAAGUGUUUUUGGUAUGAAUAUAACCUUACUCAAGUAGGUAUCAAUAUAUUCUGAACUAUUUUA